GCCGUGGUCCGAGCUUGCAAAACGUGGUCCAGUGUUACCCAACCCGGACCCUCUCACUGGCUACAGCACUCCCUCCGACCUUGGGAUUCCCAGACACCGGCCAGCGUUGCUGCCCUUCGGCUUCCUAGCCCUGCGUAGGCGCAGGUGCAAUCUCCCUGCAGUGGGCCUGGUGCAAUAGGACUGCGGACAUCAUGGCGCACGGAAACGCCCCUCGGGACAGCUACCACCUGGUCGGGAUCAGCUUCUUCAUUUUGGGUCUGGGCACCCUCCUCCCCUGGAACUUCUUCAUUACCGCCAUCCCGUACUUCCAGGGGCGGUUGGCAGGGACCAAUAGCAGCGCUGAGACCCCGAGCACCAACCACACCAGUCCCACAGACACCUUCAACUUCAACAACUGGGUGACCCUGCUGUCCCAGCUGCCUCUACUGCUCUUCACGCUCCUCAACUCCUUCUUGUAUCAGUGCAUCCCUGAGUCGGUGCGUAUUCUGGGCAGCCUGCUGGCCAUACUACUGCUCUUUGCCCUGACAGCAGCGCUGGUGAAGGUGGACUUGAGCCCCGGGCUGUUCUUUUCCAUCACCAUGGCAUCCGUCUGGUUCAUCAAUUCCUUCUGUGCAGUGCUUCAAGGCAGCCUCUUUGGGCAGUUGGGUACCAUGCCUUCUACCUACAGCACCCUCUUCCUCAGUGGCCAGGGCCUGGCUGGGAUCUUCGCUGCCCUUGCUAUGCUCACGUCCUUAGCCAGUGGCGUGGACCCCCAGACCUCUGCCCUUGGGUACUUCAUCACACCCUGUGUGGGCACCCUCCUCUCCAUCAUAUGUUACCUCAGUCUGCCCCAUCUGAAGUUUGCCCGUUACUACCUGACCAAGAAGCCUCAGGCCCCAGUUCAGGAGCUGGAGACCAAAGCUGAGCUCCUCAGAGCUGAUGAGAAGAAUGGGAUUCCUGUCAGCCCCCAGCAGGCAGGCCCAACUCUGGAUCUUGACCCAGAGAAGGAGCUGGAGCUGGGGCUGGAGGAACCACAGAAGCCAGGAAAACCUUCGGUCUUUGUCGUCUUCCGGAAGAUCUGGCUGACGGCGCUGUGCCUUGUAUUGGUCUUCACAGUCACCCUGUCGGUCUUUCCUGCUAUCACAGCCAUGGUGACCACCAGCUCCAAUAGCCCCGGGAAGUGGAGUCAGUUCUUCAACCCUAUCUGUUGCUUCCUGCUCUUCAACGUCAUGGAUUGGCUGGGCCGGAGCCUGACCUCCUACUUCCUGUGGCCAGAUGAGGACAGCCAGCUGCUGCCCCUGCUGGUGUGCCUGCGCUUCCUGUUCGUGCCCCUCUUCAUGCUGUGUCAUGUGCCCCAGCGUGCCCGGCUGCCCAUCAUCUUCUGGCAGGACGCCUACUUCAUCACGUUCAUGCUGCUCUUCGCCAUUUCCAACGGCUACUUCGUGUCUCUCACCAUGUGUCUGGCACCCAGGCAGGUGCUGCCGCAUGAGAGGGAGGUGGCCGGAGCCCUCAUGACCUUCUUCCUGGCCCUGGGACUCUCCUGCGGGGCCUCUCUCUCCUUCCUCUUUAAGGCUUUACUCUGAGGACCACCGUACUCCACAGUCCUCCCUCACUGCUGCUUCUGGAGCUGGACAUUCCCGGGGAAGGACCUCUGCUAUACCGGGUCUCUUGGUCUGUGGGUGCCAGGAGGGGGCAGAAACUACCUUGGCUGGUAGCCACAUUGCAUAUGGUGAGGAAGAAUCCACCAUUGGUCCUUCUGCCCCUCAGCUAGCAGUAAACUGGACAGAGAGACAUGGAUCUCACUGAGAUGCACAGAAGAUCACAUUGGAAGGCACCCGUCCAGGGAAAGAGGGCACAGGGCCGGGGCCGGAGCCCUUCACUGCCAUCCGGACUAUAUCUGUUCAUCAAACCACCCACUGACCCCAGGGAGCAAAGCCACCUAUAGGUCUUGCUUAGGACACCCUGAUGGUCUCUACCUCGGCUCAGAGUGGGAACUGGGCCCAGCUCCAGAGCAACAACUUCCCCCUCUCACCCACAAGGCCCUGGGUAGGGCAUGAAGUGUUGUGGAAAUUGAGGGGAAGACAAAAAGGCCUCUGUGAGGCCUUUAGGACAAGCUGGGCAGGGGUCGUCCCCAGGUGGGAUUCGACUGGUCUAUGGAAGAGUAAGGCUACGGCCUUCAUCUCCCUCCUAGAAGGUGCUGACCCUGUGGCCCACCGCUUGCUUCAUUCCUCAAAGGUCUCCAGACAGGUGCCCAGAGCACUUGCUCCCAUCUCUUCACCCCAUUUCUCCUAACUCUGUUCCCGCAUCCAGUAAAAAGUGUUCAUUUCUA